AGCUCGCGCGCGUCGGUCGCCGCGCCUGUGUGUGUUUAUGACUGUGUGCGUGUAGUGCGACGUGUAUGACAGGAAUAGUUUGUAUAGAUCGUGUGACGAGAAUUUAGAAUGGCCACAAUAGUGAAUUCAACACAAAGUGUCCUAAAAGACACGUACGACUAUUAUUUAUGGACACUGUCGCUUUCCGAUAAAAGAACAGAAGGAUGGCCACUGGUAGAUUCUCCCGUACCCACUGUUAUAUACACGCUAAUAUAUCUAUUCAUUGUAUGGAUAGGACCAAAGAUCAUGAAGAACAGGCGACCGUUAAAACUCACAUGGCUAUUAGUACCUUACAACUUAGCGAUGGCAGCGCUGAACGCGUAUAUUGCCGUUAGACUGCUUACAGCUUCGUUCAGGCUCAGAUAUAGUUACAUAUGUGAACCAUGCCGGCAGAAAAACGAUCCUGAUGAAUUGCAAAUAGCAAACGCAGUAUGGUGGUAUUAUUUCUCGAAACUCCUUGAGUUCUGUGAUACGUUCUUCUUUAUACUGAGGAAGAAAGAGGAACAGCUAACCUUCUUGCAUGUGUAUCACCACUCGACCAUGUUCGGGUUUUGGUGGAUUGGAAUCAAAUGGGUGCCCAGUGGAUCUACUUUCCUCCCAGCUAUGGUAAAUAGUGGCAUUCACGUGCUCAUGUACACCUACUACGGUCUAUCCGUCUUUGGUCCAUCUGUUAGUCAGUUCUUGUGGUGGAAGAAGUACUUGACCAUCUUGCAAUUGAUCCAGUUUACCUGCGCUUUGAUUCUCGGCAUCAAUGGUAUUAGGACUGGUUGUGAAUUCCCACUCUGGAUGCACUACGUUCUCAUCAUCUACAUGAUCUCCUUCAUUGUGCUCUUUGGAAACUUCUAUAUGAAGGCUUAUCUUGCUAAGGGAAGUAAAUGUAUGGAAGUGAGAUACGGUCAGUGUUUGGACGACGAAGAAACGAUUCAAGCGAGGAAACUGAAAUGCAAUUAACAUACA